CGUGCCGUUCUGCUGAUGUGCCCAGCCUGUGCCCGCCAUGCCGCCCUCCAUCUCGGCCUUCCAGGCCGCCUACAUUGGCAUCGAGGUGCUCAUCGCGCUGGUCUCGGUGCCAGGGAACGUGCUGGUGAUCUGGGCCGUGAAGGUGAACCAGGCACUGCGGGACGCCACCUUCUGCUUCAUCGUGUCGCUGGCAGUGGCUGACGUGGCCGUGGGCGCCCUGGUCAUCCCGCUGGCCAUCCUCAUCAACAUCGGCCCCGAGACCUACUUCCACACCUGCCUCAUGGUGGCCUGUCCUGUCCUCAUCCUCACCCAGAGCUCCAUCCUGGCCCUGCUGGCCAUCGCCGUGGACCGCUACCUCCGCGUCAAGAUUCCUCUCCGGUACAAGGCAGUGGUGACGCCGCGCAGGGCGGCGGUAGCCAUCGCCGGCUGCUGGAUCCUCUCGCUCGUGGUGGGCCUGACGCCCAUGUUCGGCUGGAACAACCUGCGGGAGGUGCAGCGGGCCUGGGCGGCCAACGGCAGCGUCGGGGAGCCGGUGAUCAAGUGCGAGUUCGAGAAGGUCAUCAGCAUGGAGUACAUGGUGUACUUCAACUUCUUCGUGUGGGUGCUGCCCCCGCUACUGCUCAUGGUCCUCAUCUACCUGGAGGUCUUCUACCUGAUCCGCCGGCAGCUCAGCAAGAAGGCGUCGGCCUCCUCCGGAGACCCGCACAAGUACUACGGCAAGGAGCUGAAGAUCGCCAAGUCGCUGGCCCUCAUCCUCUUCCUAUUCGCCCUCAGCUGGCUGCCUCUGCACAUCCUGAACUGUGUCACCCUCUUCUGCCCAUCCUGCCAGAAGCCCAGCAUCCUCGUCUACACCGCCAUCUUCCUCACGCACGGCAACUCGGCCAUGAACCCCAUCGUCUACGCCUUCCGCAUCCACAAGUUCCGGGUCACCUUCCUCAAGAUCUGGAACGACCACUUCCGCUGCCGGCCCGCACCCGCCGGCGACGGCGACGAGGACCUCCCGGAAGAGAAGCCCAACGACUAGGCGCUGCCCUCUGCUCUUCCAGCCCAGCCGGUCCUCCCCUCCCCUCCGCCCCAAGGGGCCCCUUCCCAAAGGAGUGCACCCCUGCACCCCGGGGCUCGGAGUGGGGAGGGAAUCCGCGCCCCAGGGCGCGAGGAGCGUCUUGAGCCCACCCACCUGCCUGACCGUCCCAGGAGUGAGCAGGGCCCCCGUUCAAGGGCUGGGUGGGCCCCGGGGAGGCUGGGCGUGCAGAGGGGCCGUGUGGGCGGAUGAGGCUGCCUGGACUUCUGCGCCAGGCAGGGGUCUGCUUGUUGGGGUGCUGGUGAUGCAGAAGACAGGAUGCUCUCCGGGAGGGAGGGGAGCAGCACGUGGGGAGGGGGUGUCUUGGCCUUGCUUUCUCUGCGCAGCAGAAGGGGCUCAGAAGCAGCUAAGGGACAGGACUCAAGGAGCCUCCAUCCCCACCUCCAAGGACUCUGCCCAGGGCCGUGCCAGGUGCCAGGCGGCCGGCUCAGGAUCGCACUUUGGAGAGGCAGAAAGAGUGGGUCCAAAAAUCAUUUCUGACCUGGGCUUUUAUUCUGCACCAGCCCUUGGACUGUGGGCAGGGGUGGAGUGGUGGGUGCUGGCCUCACACAGCCACCAGGCGGCAGCACUGAGCCCUCCUUGCCCUGCACCUCGCUGGGCGGCGCCUGGCUGUGCCAGCCGGAUGGCACCGUGUAUACUGCCCAAUGGAGGGGGAACCCCAACCAUGCCAACAUGCUGCCUGCCAGCCCCCCCCAGGAAGACGAAGAGGGGAAGGGUCCCUGCAGGCUUGGUCGGUGCUCACCGGGGCACCUGCGGGGUGGGAAGUGGCGGGCA